AGAACGCGGUUAUGUAACGCGCUCGUUCAGCGGCUCUCCGGACUGGCUUCGGACCCGAGCGCAGCAUGCUCGUCUCCAGACCGGCGAAAGGAGCGAAAACCGCGAGCGCCGAGGAGCUUCUCGCCUGAGGGAAACCGAAACAGACAUGACGUUGAGCGGCGAGGGCGAGCGCGCGAGACUCAUGAAGUUCGCUUCCGCCGCCUUUUACGCCCUUUGCUCGUUUUCCAUCAUCGUGGUCAAUAAAAGUAUUUUAACUGAAUACAAGUUCCCGUCGUUUAUGUUUCUCGGGAUCGGACAGAUGACGGCUACGAUCAUCAUUCUGUACGUUGCCAAAAUGAACAAAGCAGUCAGCUUUCAGGACUUCGACAAAAGUAUUCCUGCAAAGAUAUUUCCUUUGCCGUUGCUGUACGUGGGGAAUCACGUGACCGGAUUAGGAGGCACUAAGAAACUCAGCUUACCCAUGUUCACUGUGCUCAGAAAAUUCACCAUUCUACUCACAAUGAUCAUGGAAUCCAGGAUACUGAGGAAAAGCUUUGCUCCGUCGCUGGUUUGCAGCGUUCUGGCUAUAGUCGCGGGCGCUCUGGUGGCGGCCAGCUCGGACCUGUCCUUCAACGCCGAAGGAUACACGUUUGUUCUGCUGAACGACGUCUUCACGGCCGCUAGUGGAGUUUACACCAAGAAGAAACUGGGGAUGGAGGGUCUGGGCAAAUACGGGGUUUUGUUUUAUAACGCUUUUAUCAUCAUCAUCCCCACGGUCGUGGUGAGCGCUUACACCGGAGACCUGCAGAAGGCUCUGACCUUUGAAGGAUGGAUGUCUGUUGUGUUCAUAUUUCAUUUUUUAUUGUCUUGUGUCAUGGGGUUUAUUUUGAUGUAUUCCAUCAUCCUCUGCAGUUAUUAUAACACAGCACUAACCACCACAGUCGUCGGGGCAGUUAAAAACGUUGCUGUGAUGUAUAUCGGUAUGUUCGUCGGCGGAGACUAUGUCUUCUCGUGGACAAACUUCAUAGGGCUAAAUAUAUGCAUCUCGGCGGCUCUGAUUUACUCCUACAUCACGUUUCACAGCAGCGCCCCGGAAGCCACCGAAGACAAGCUGAGCGUUCACGUCACAGAGAGCCUUCCGGAGAGAACGUGACGCUCCGCCGCGCUUUUACCCAGAAACCUCUCGCCGCUGGACGAGUCGGACGUUGCCUCCUUUUCCCAUUGUGUGGUUUGUUUGCAAUAAAACACAACUGCGACAACCAGGAA